AUGCUCGCCUUCCCCCCGAUCCUGUCGCCCGAAGAGGCCGCACAGUUCAACCAAACGCUCGCUCCCUAUGUGUUCUCCUCGCAAAUCCUCGAACUGCCUGCGCGCGUCGCCGAGGCCGGUACAGACCUCCAGAGCCUGCUGGAGGUCUACCUAGCCACAAACCCUAUGCUUACAGCCAUUGCUUUUGCACUGGCUAUUUCUCCUCUCUUCGUUCUCGCCGCUGAGAUUCGCCGCAACUACUCGCAGGUUGAUUGUUGGUGGAGUAUCCUGCCUACAAUCUACAAUGUGCAUUUCUAUGUCUGGGCGCUUCUCAAUGGCCUACCCACAGAUCGCUUGCAAACAGUCGGAUUGUUCAGCAUCGCGUGGAGUAUUCGUCUAACCUUUAACUACUGGCGUAAAGGCGGCUAUGGCUGGGGCGCCGAGGACUACCGAUGGCCCAUCCUACGAGAAUGGAUCAACAAUCGCUUCCUCUUUUUCGUGUUUGACGUUGUGUUCAUCGCCUUCACGCAGUCCCUCCUUCUAUGUCUCAUCACAGCGCCCACAUACAUCUUCGCGCUCUUGGCCCAACUACCCGAAACGCCUGCGUUUGACGUCGCCGAUCUAGUCUUUUCGCGUCUUUUGAUCUUCUACAUCCUCAUUGAAAUCGUCGCCGACGAGCAGCAGUGGCGUUACCAGCAAGCCAAGUACACGUUCAAAGACAGUGGCGUUGUCACCGAGGGCUAUGACAAGGAGGAUCUAGAGCGUGGAUUUGUCGUCUCCGGUCUCUGGUCCUUGGUUCGUCACCCCAACUUCGCCGCCGAACAAGCCAUCUGGCUCACGUUGUAUGCAUGGUCGGCCUAUCGCACUCAUACAUAUGCUAAUUGGGCUGGUGUCGGAACGUUUGGCUACCUGGCCCUGUUCCAGGGCAGUACGUGGUUGACGGAGAAGUUGAGCGCUGGCAAAUACCCGGAAUACACCGAGUACCAGGCCCGCGUAGGCAAGUUUAUUCCACGUUGGUCUGUGACAGCAAAGGGGCCGACGGCAAAGAACGAAAAGCCCAAACCUGAUGUGAAAAAGGAGGAGUAA